AUGAUUGAAAAAAUUUUCCGAAAACAUUUUAUAUCAUUUGCCACAAUCUUUUUUGUUGUUUGUGUUAUCAGAAAUGGAAUUGUUAUUGCAACAGUAGCAAGGAAAAUAUGGACCGAAGAAGAUGAAACUCGAAGAAUUCAACAGAUAAUGGAAGCGGAAGAAAUGGAGUAUGAAAUGGAGCAACGCUCCCAGUCUGUUAUUAGUGAUAAUGAUGUAUUACGGAAAGAUUAUCAGUAUUAUCCGAUGACUAAACGUUAUCAGUAUACAAAAGAAACAGUGGCGCCAGUUACAUUUCCUAGUGUUGUAACUACCAAAUCAGAUGACAGUUAUUGGUGCUAUCAUUGUACAAGUCCACUAAACAUAAUGGGUGGAAAUAUGCAACAUGCAAUUGAAAAAUUUUUACGUAUUCGUCGAACAGUUUAUCCAAUUCACGUAAAAAGUUCACGAUGUUCGGAACCACGUAAUCUGACGGAAUUAGCUGUAGAAUAUUGUCGACAUCCAUACUGUCAAACGUUAAUUUUAACAGAUCAUGAUACGGGUUCGGCCUUUACAAUGCGCGGUUGUGCGGAAACAUUUGGAGCAAUAAAUGAGAAGUUACUUGAUGCACGUGAUGAUAACACAUGUCAAAGAUUACAUGAACAGCUUGAUAUACAGGAAUGUAUCUGUAGGCAUCGACGUUAUUGCUAUCCAGGCGCAAAACGUCGACUUUUUGACGCAUCAUCAUCAACAAUAUUAGUGGCAUUAGCACCAACUAAUGAUGUAAUAUCCAUAUUUUAUCAUCUUUUAUUAAUUUGUUUAUCAAUCAUAUUUUAUUAUCACUUUUAA